GGUGUCCCUGGCAGUACAGCACCCCGGGAGCACACAGGAUGAGGGGACUCCGUGCCCACUACCACCUCCUGGAGCCUGGAGCAGCUGCUUGCUUCUGCCCUGCUGCCCUCCUACAAUCAAGUGGGGACAUGGGCUGCGCACGCAGCUGUGGAUGGCCGAGGCUUGUCACCAGCUGCAGUCUGGCCCAAGCCCGCACCCUUGAACUUCAGUGCAAUGGUGGAACUGCCUGGCAGGGUGCCAGGGCACGCCAUGGAAUGGCAGCAUGUGUGGGGAGCGGGGCAGGAGGCUCAGCCAAGCACCCACCCCUGGGGUUCCAGCCUGACCAGGACGAGGACCUGCCCACAGACUGCACAGAGCCGGACAGCGAGGGGCAGCCGGGUUGGGAGGGGGCCCCAGUAACAUCCACAGCCCCAGAGGAGCCAUGCAGGCUGGUGCUGAGCACGCCAAGCAGCAUCCUGCAGGAAAGGGAGAUUGAGGAGCUGGGCCUCCACCUGCCCACCCGGCUGCGGCAGCAGCCCUGGAGCCUGCUGUACUGCACCGCGCGGGAUGGCUUCAGCCUGAGGACCCUGUACCGGUGCACCAGCCAGCUGAGCUCCCCGGCACUGCUGCUCAUCCGUGACACUGAGGCACAGGCCUUUGGUGCCUUCUCCACCAGCCCCAUCCAUGUGAGCAGUGGCUUUUAUGGCACAGGGGAGACAUUCCUCUUCUCCUUCUCCCCGGAACUGAAGAGAACACAGCUCUUUCCUUGAAUGACAUGCGCAGGCGUAUCCAGGAAAGAAGAUGCAAGGUCGGGGAUGUUAACACAUACAAUGAAAAGGAGAAACGCGAGGUUCACAGAACAAAGUGUUUAUGCUGCACUUUUGAAGCAACUUGCAGAUUUUACUUUGAGAUUUGGUCCCAGAGAAGGGAAAAUACCCCAAAGAAAGCCAAGCAAACAUGGAAACAAAGAAAGGCUGUUCCUUCCCAUGGUGUGACAAUUAGACAAAAGCCAGUAUGAAUAAUUGGGAGAGAAAUUCAGCAACGGAUUUGCCAGCUCAUCUACUAAUGCUGUUCAGGCUUCCAGCCUGACCCCUCACACACACACAGUGGAACGGCUCCAUUGCACAUUCUAGGGAGAAAAACAUGCUUGAUAACGUCAUAACUGCUUCCUUACAAUGAAGGAUAAUGCUGAAAGCAUCAACACACAGUAAUUUUAUUAGAAAAGGACAUCCACCUUUCUGCAAAGGAGACGCAAUAGGAAAGCUACAUCACGAAUCACCACUUUACAGUAAGAGCUGUUACAGGCUUCUCCAUCACUUUUGGCAGGAGGAACACAACGCAAGCCAUAUGGACCCAGGUUCUGCUUUAGGUUUUCCCUUUUAAUUGCCACGGUAGCUCUGACACCACCCCCAGCUCAAAAGACUUCAGAUGAGCUUAACAUGCCUCUCCUCCUGCCUCACAGCUGGAAACUCGUAUGUCUGAGAUGUGGCAGUAAAGGGAUGCAGCACAGGUAAGGCCUUCCAAGCACUCAGCCUGCGUAUUAGUUGCGUUAGGAGUAGAGGUUUGCAGUCGUGUUGCCCUGGGGAUUUUGCACUCUCAGACUCAAUGGACUGACCAAGGAUAUACGGUGGGAGCAGUGACUGAACAGCUGAUGAGCAGGGAAGAAAAAGAGGCAAAACAAUAGGAAGAACUGAUUUGAUCACUUCUCUGGAUCUUUCAAUCCCUGUGGCAUUUUAAGCCUUUGUAUGAGGAAACCUGCAUCAGUGAGUAUCUGCAUGGAUGUUAGCUAUUUUUAGAUACACAUGACUUUUCCAAUCAUUUGAGUUAAACCAGUGAAGAUCUGUCAGUAUUUCAGUGAAGCCAGAGCAUGACCAGAUGUGAACCAACAGGAAAACAGAAGCUGGGUUACUGGAAGCAGCUCUGCCCCAGAGACGAGGCCCAAGUCCCAAGAUUUUUAAUGCAAGAACUUCUAGAAAAUAAUACCUAAAUUUGUUACCUGUGGUUUGGUGAAAUCCCUCUUUAUACACCACUGAACAAAAUACUGCUUUGCAGCUGAAACAAUAAUUGGAUCCUGACGUUUGCAGUAAACCCGGAUAACCUGCUCUGAAAAGGUCCCUGGUAAAAGCCUUGAAACCUUUGGAAUAAAAAAAAAAAAGCACAAAUAAAUAAGCUUUAGUCCCUCUUUGAAUUUAUAGUCCUCGAAACUCAUUCUCAAAACAAACUGAAAGCAGUAAGAACCAUCUCCCUGUAAUCCUUGAGUUUUACCCAAAAACACUAUUUUCUUCAAAACAAGUAAAAGGCUGUUCAUAUGUAAAGGCUAUCAGGACCUCACACAGGACCACAGGAUCACCAAGGUCAGAAAAGACCUCUGAGACCAUCCAGUCCAACCAUCCAUGCAGAAGGACACAGAUUCCACCGCCCUCCUGCACAAAUACUGCAAGAACCACCAGGAAGCACUGCGAUGGCUCCAACUGCCAGCUGUGAAGCUGAGGAGGAUAAAAGCCUACCUGUUCUUUACUGAUCUUGAUGGCCUUGGACGGGUCAGCCUUGCAGUAGAAGAGAACAUUAUCAAUAGGGUUCUGAUCUUUCAUUCCAUAAUCCAUAUUGACAACCUUGCAUGCAAAACAAAUAAAAAAGACAUUUGUUAA